AGUCUCAAGAAAACAUUGGUGCGAGAAGGACGUGUUUUCUCGAUCUCAUGCAAAGCCUCCUCUAUAAAUCCUAAAAAUUCGUUUAAACAAAAAAUUUACAAAUCAUUUAAACAAUUUUCAAUUAAAACCCAGCACACCUUGUGAAAUGACAAAAUAUUUUCUUGGAUCUUGAGUGAAAAAAUGCGUUUUUCCUUGCGGUGAGAAAGGUGCUAAAUUCCACACAAAAGUGACCGGUUUUCUGUUGACACAAGAGAUUAUCUGUGAAUAAUAAAAUUAAAAGUGGCUAUUUAUACUAUUUCUGCACAAUUCUCUGCGAUUUUCUCUGCCAGAAAUCGAUUGAAAUAAAUUGAAUAAGCUAGUUUUUGUGUGUGCAUCGGUUCCCCCCUGAAGACGUCAAAAAGGGAAUUUGGGAAAGAAAAAGAAGCAAAACAUUUCGACCAUUUUCUUCAUCUUCGCAUCUUGGUGUUUGUGGAGGUGAAUCAAUCUUCUCAAAAGAUCAUCAAUUACUCCAGCUAAUCACCUUUUCAUGUGUGUUCUCCCUGGGAAUUGAAAAGAGGCGAGCCCAUGGUGAAAAAUAUGGAAAGAGUUGCACAGAAAUUCCUUCUAAGCUGAAAAUAAAAGGUGUAAAAUAAUUAGGCAGACAAUUAUCACAUGCAAUGGGCUACCAUUCCAGGAAGGUUUAGAAACGACGCGGUGUCCUACGAAUCUCGCUGUAUAAUGUCAUGAUGUCUCCACAACGGAUAUCUCUUAUGGCGUUCCUGCGGUGGCGGAUUCCGUUUCUGGUGGUGCUCAAUUUGGCCCUGGUGGCCACAACGACAACGGCACCAUCGUCAAAGUUGCGCCUAUACAUGGUGCGAUCGCCAGAGACUACGGUUGCACCUCUUGGUGAUGAGGUGCUCUUUGAAUGUGCACUGAAUGUGGAACCGGAGCGACUUGAGUGGCGCUUCCGGCCACAAGGUGGCAAAAAUGAAUUGAUGUACCUGAAUGAAACAGCCGGCUACAACAUUACAUUUAAGGAUGGUGUGAGCAAAUUGAGGAUCUACGUGAGCCCCAAGACAAUUGGGGAGUAUCAAUGUAUUGCAUGGUAUGGUGCAUUAGCUUUGGCAUCUGUCUCAGCUAAACUCACACUAGCCACAAUUUCCCUUGGCAAUGAUAACAAUAUUUUUGAACAAGAUGGAUUUGGUGUAAAUAUUCUUGAUGGAUCAUCCAAGAGGAGGAAUCCACCGCCUCAAAUAAUUCAUUGGCAAGUGUCUCCGGGGAAUAGUAUUAUCAUAAAGUGUGGUGAUAUAGUUUCAAAUCCUCCUCCUGUUUGGAGAUAUUACAAGGAUAAUACGCAAAUUCAAUCGUCAGUCCUUCAAUUGUCUUCCGGAGCUCUUAUUCUGACAUCACUGACGCCUAAGGACUCAGGAUCUUACUGGUGUUCAGCUAUGAAUAGCAUUACAAAUACUGAUAUCAAAAUACCCAGGAGAACGGAUCUCAAUGUGACUGAAACGCCAAGAACAGCUCCAACUUUCCUCUCGCAACCACCGUCGGUGAUUACAGUGAAACCGGGAGCAACGGCAAUACUUGAGUGUCCGGGAAUUGGAAAUCCUGUGCCAAAGGCUGUCUGGAGUCGUCCGGAUAUGUCAAUUUUCAACAAUAGAACUCUCUUUGUGCCAUAUGGACUGCAAAUAACAAAGGUUGUGCCAGAAGAUCGAGGGAAUUAUGUGUGUCGUCUGGACAAUGGAAUCUCACCGGCAUUGGCUCAUACAAUACGCCUUGAUGUCCUAGAAGCACCGACAAUCAUUGAGGGACCACGAGCAACUCUCACAAAUGAGAGUGAUAUGCUUCAUCUUGAUUGUCAUGCUAGAGGAUACCCAGAGCCAAUGAUCACGUGGAUGAUCAAUGGUAUUGAUGUUCAACGGGAUCCUCUGAUUCACUCAAAUGGAUCGAGUCUCUUCAUUAAGUCCGUGCAGAAGAAACAUGCUGGAAUUGUGCAAUGUUUUGCCAAGAAUGCUGCAGGAGAAGUCAACGAAGGAAAUUUGCUGCAAGUCAAUCCUAAGCAAAUUCCAGGAGAAAUUGAAGUGUCACCUUUAGGAUCAGUUCCUGAAUCAACAAAAUCUAGCAUAGAUCAUCCGGGAAAGCAAAAAGGCGGAGGCAGGAAGAAGCACAAGCAUCGUAAGUUUUUCAGAACUGUUAUGAUUCCACCAUCAAGACCGAGUGUAACUAGACUCUCGGAUGAAUCUGUGAUGGUUCGAUGGACAGUUCCAUCGGAGGAGGGUUUGCCUAUUCAGUUUUUCAAAGUUCAGUACAGAAUGUUGGGAGAUCCUGCGAGGAAAAUUUCCAGAUCGCAGUGGAUGACAUGUGGUGAGGAUAUUCCUCCCCAUGUGCGAUCGUAUGAAGUGCAGAGUCUCAAGCCAGAUCAACUCUAUCGGUUUCGAAUAGCAGCUGUUUAUUCGAAUAAUGACAACAAAUUGGGCAAUACUUCGGGAAAGUUCCAUUUGCAGAAGGCAUCACAGUUGAGUGUGGCCAAGAGUCAUCUGGCGGCGCCAAAUUUGCAAAAAGUUGAAGGUGUAACAGAAAAUGCUAUUAUGCUCUCGUGGGCCUUCCCAUCGAAUCCACCUACACCCAUUGAUGGCUUCUACAUCCAUUUCCGCCCAGCAUCGACAGCCGGAGAAUAUUCAAAGGCCACAGUGGAUGGGAUGACUGUACGGCACUUCCUUAUGGAUUAUCUGGAACCAGGUACAGCCUAUGAGUUCAAACUGCAGAGUUUUACAUCAUCAGCAGCAUCGGAAUUCAGUUCAAUUCUUACGGGAAAGACACUGAAACCACCCACAAAAGCAACGACAAUUACACCUUCUGUUGUAGCUGCUUCGGAAUCUUCCCAAAGUUCCUCGUCGAAUUUACCAUUGAUUGCAGGUGGAGCUGGUGGAGGUGGUUUGUUGCUCCUCCUGAUCAUUCUCACAUGCGUUUGCAUCAAGAAACGCAAAAAGUCCCAAACAGAUGACGGAGUCACUGAGAGUAAAGCCCAUCCGGAUCACAUUCAAGCUGAACCAAAUGGUUUUCCUGUAGGAGGUGGAAGGGUUUUAGGUUCACCAAUUCACAAAAGCAGUCGACUGAAUGGUGUGGUACCUCGUAUGAAUAUAACAGCUAAUCCUCUGGCCCAGGAGGGUGACAAGAAUCGCAAUGUGAUGGAGAUGCGCUUCCUGCCAAAUUCGAUGCCAACCCCCGUGGCUGCAAAUCCUGCCCAUUUGGUGCAGCAACAGCAGCAACAGCAGCAGCAGCAGAAUAACAAUUGUCCACCGCAGACGCUGCUUGUGGAGCGCCGGGGAAAUGUGCGUCAGUACAACAAUGGGGACGUUAAGGUGCCACUCAAUCAGACAGAUAGUUCAUCCAUGAGGCGCACGAGGAAGCACACUUCGGGCAUCCCGGUGCCAAGUAGUCCACGGAUGAUGCAUCAUAAUCGUUCACCCAUGCCAAUUCGGGCACAGACAGGUGCCAAGAGGCCACAGACGGCACGCUUAGGUGCUCAUACGGAAAAUAUCUCAUCCGGCAGUCUAAACAGUAUUGAAGUGUGAGGGGGAUUGUGAGAUUGGGACAAUAUAUCCUGGGCACAAAAUGUUACAUCUCACAUAAACAAUUUCUGACUAUACAAUCUUCAUAAAAAUAAUUCAAGUAAAGAAAAAAAAGUGUGAUACUCCCAAUUAAAUUGUACAGAGAGAAAGAGAUGAUUUACGAUUUUAGUGAGAAUGAUGCGCAAGGUAGAAACUUUCAAAAGACACUGAAUAGAUUUUUUUAUUCUAAUUUUUAUAUUCUAUUUAGAUAUUUGAAUUUUAUUGCUAGUUGUGUAAAUUGUAACUAGUGGAGAGAGUUGCUAACAGAGACUUCCCCCCCAAAAUUCUAGUGGAUUUAAAAUGUUUAUAUUUAAAAAAAAAAACAAAAAGAAAUUUUUGCAAAAAUUAACUUUCUGAUGAACUAAAUGAUACAAAUAUGUGUGCCACAAAUUCGUAAGUCCGUCCGAAUUUUAGGGAUUCUAUGAUGGAGCCUUAUUCUAUUUAGAACUAAAAGGUUAUUUUGGAAUGUGAGGUUAUACCUUAAAGAAGGAAUCUUCGCCUGACCUAUUUGGGAUAAGACUGCAGUUGUUUGAGCAGUAUUUUGCUAAAAUACUGCAGAAUUUUAUUUUGCAGAAAACACAAAAAUUGGCAAUUGAAAAAUUAAACAAAAAGGGCAAUUUUAAUCUUGUACUUUUUUGAUCUUUUUUUAUUUUUUAACAAAAUGGAUUUUCUUUAUUGGCCAAAAUUGAUUUUCUAUAGACAAUUUUUAAUUAUGUCCUAAUUGAUUAUUUUGUUUAUUUACCGAAUUUGCUAAUUAACUGACCAAAAAUAAUUUUCCUAUAACAAAUACGUUAUGAAAGGAAAACAUGACCUAUAAACAACGUUUUAUAAUUCUCCAAAAUCAUAAAAUGGGUUGCAAAUUUUACAAAGUCGCCUAUAAAAUCGUAUUAAGUAUAUAAUGUUAUACUUAGCAAAACCUGAAUUUGGUUAUUAACAAAACCAGAUUUAGAAAAAUAAUGGUUAGAAAGAUCUUCGCCUUUUGUAACCUUUUGUGCUAGGAUGAUUAACUAACGGAUGGAGCAUUUUAAUUCAAAAAUGGUAUAUUUUUCUUAAAUUCUUUAUAAUUUUUAAGUCUUAUGACCAACGCACAAUAACUUUUGUUUGUAAACAUGUUUUCAAAGUUUACCAUGAGAGCGAGCGAGAUGACUAGAUCUAGAUUUCGUUCGCUCUCACUGAAAUGUCAAAAACAUAUUUACAAAACAAAAGUCAUUGUGCUUUGGGCAUUAGAUCCCACAAAAAUAAAUAUGACACGAAAUGGUAGGCAGAGAAUAUAUUUUUAUUGAAUUUAAAAUGUUAGGGUGAAAUCACCACUUCUCGCCAGUACUACAGUUUUCGCCACUUAUAUUGAAAUCAAUAUUUUUCGUGAUUUAUGAAAUAAUUGAGCCGCAAAGUUACUUGUAUUUUUACUGCUGCUAUGUAUAGUGUCGAAAAAUAGUAAUUAUUCGUUUUGAAUUUACGAUUUUGAGCAUUUUUUAUAGCAAUAUUUUAAGCAAGUGCAUCGAAUCUAAUAUUUCUUACCCAAUAUACUAAGUGUCAUCAAAUUUUCAUCAAGCAAAAUGUACCUUUUUGGAUAAAUAAUUUGCCUAUUGCAUAUUUAAUUACACUUGUGGUAUAGAUAAAAUUUGUAUUUAGUUAAUUAAUAUUUCAUUUUAUAUUAUUUUUGUAUAAAAAUGAGGCAUGGCGAGAAGUGGUAAUAUUCUGGAAUUGAUUUUACCACCUCUCGCCAUCUCUUUUUAAUAAGCGACGCUAACUUCACUUCGUAGAUUUUCAGUUGUCAAAUCUGCACUUUUAACUUUCUGCAUUAAUCCAAUAGUUUGAUUUCACAAAUAAAAGCAAAUUAAAAAUUUUUUAAAGUGAGUAAUGAUAGGGUGAUCAUGAGGAAAGAGAAAUACUGAUGGUAUUCUUUUCAUAAUAUUGCCCAAAAUGAUAGAGUUUGAACCUUUCCAAAGGGGUGCGAGAAGUGGUUACAGAACUGACGAAAAGUAGUAAAAAGUGGCGACGAAGUGGUUAUUUUUGCAUUGUUAAUAAAAAUCAGUUUUUUUAAGUAGUCCAUGGUUAAAUUGGAGGACUUAAAAUUUAAGUAAAUUUGUGUCAAAUUUGACUUAUCUUGUAAUAAGGGUUCAAAAGUCAUAAUAAAACUAAUUCCCGUUUUUCCUAAACAUGGCGAUAAGUAGUUACUCCACCCUACUGGUGUUACAAAUAGAAAAUUUGUCAGAAAAAUUUUUAAAAAAUGCGAAUUUUACGUCUUUUUCAAAUAGGUUUUAGGAACUGUUAUCCUCGUGCAAUCAUUAUAAAUUUUGAGCCAAUAACAUAAUAUUAGAUACUCUUUCAUUUGGUAAAAGUUUUAAAAUGAUUGCAUUUGGUUUUAUACCAAAACUAAAAAACCCACUUAUGAAAAAAUAUACCACAUUUUUGUACGGAAAAUGUGUGAUAAUGCUCCGCCCUGCUUUUGAGUAGAAAGACUUAGAAAUUGCACUGACUGAAAGCAAUUUUUGAAAUUAAUUCCAGAUUUUCUUGACUUGUUUGCAGUUUAUUCUGGUUUCACACAUUUUUAUUAAAAAUUUGCCAAAUUCACGCCCUAAAAAUUUAUUUUUGAGGUUAGAAUUUUUUUUAGGUGUUCAAAGUUGAAUAAUUAUUACAUAAAAGUUCUUGGACUUGUCUAUUACAAGCAAAAGGCAAAUAUUUUAUUAAAAAUUUACCAAAUUCAUAUUCUUAAAAUAUGUUUUUGAGGUUAGAAUUUGUUAGGCAUUCAAAAUUGAAUUAUUAUUAUUAUAAUAAUUAAAAGUUCUUGGACUUCUUGAUGUCAAUUAUAAGCAAAAACUAUUAAUAUUAAAAUAAGUGUUAAAAUUUGUUUUUGGAAAUAUAAAGCUAUUUUCCAGGUUAUGUCAUACAUAACCUCACAUUGAAAAAUAACCUCUUAGGUGAGCAAUUGAAUAAGAAUAAAGUUCAAGUCGAGAAGAAAAAAUUCUCGCAAUUCUUUAUGCAGGAAAACAUUUUAAGAUAAUUACAUAUUAAGAUGAAUAAUUCACAGUAACUUGACAAUCAUUGCCUAGAGAGAAGAUGAAAUAGUAAGAUUAAAUGAAUAUCUAAGUGAGAGACUGGUCAAAAUAACGUAUUAAGUAAUUUGCCUUAAAAUAAGUUUAAAGUCUAAAUAAGUAAUUUAUUUUGCAAGGAUUGAAAUAGCACGGAAGACAUUACUCUUGAAAUCAUACACUAAUGAUAGACAGGAUCUUCGAGUAAGUUCUGUAGUGAAGGAUUUAUGUAGGUUUGCAAUUAUCACGUGAAACUAAAUAUAAAUUUAUGAUCAGUUGCAUGCGAUUCAGUUCGAAUUUUUGAUUUUUAUGUGAUAAAUAUGUAACCUAUGGAUAUAUACUUCCACAAAUUUACUCGAUAGACAUUAAUUUUACAAGCAUAAAAUCCAUUUACGACAGUGGCACUAAUUUUAAUUGGAAUAAGAUCACGAAAACGAUAAAAUGAAGCUAUCAGAGAGGAAAAAAGUCCUUGUAGAUAAAUCAAUGAUUUGCUGAUUUAUUUCUAGCUCUUCACUUGAUAGCUUCACUGAAUGAUCACUGUAGAACAAGAAUAAGUUAACAAAAUGCGCUAUAAGUUAGAGAAUGAAAUCACUUCAAAUUAUGUUUUGUAUAUACAGCAAGAAUGAUAUAUAAAAAAAAUCAUGACUAAAAGAAAA